AUGUCGUCUCCGGAGUCCACCUCUGAGAAAGGAGUCUGGGAUAACAUGCAGGACCUCAUUCUCGAGAAUCAACGUCCCGACAUUUGGUGGGUCCACGGCCGCGACGAGCAGGAUCUUCAAUGGGUGGGAGACAAUGAGGUCAGGUUGUACCAUGCUUCGCGUGAGGUUUCUGGACCACUUUGGUCUCAAAUUCUGGCCUCACGCGAAAUAGCCGCAUGGGAACAAGUCAGAAAGUCAUGCAUAGUGCUCAUCGACUGCGACAUGGACUCUGAUCUUCUGUGGGACAAGUAUCAUUUGAGUGAACUAUCGGUGUUGUGUCGCAGGUUGGCCGGGCAGAAGCGGAGAGAGUUCGCUCAAAAAAAGCCCUUCGGCUCUCUAGUCUUCUUUAUGGGUGGCUCGGAGCAUCAUCCUGAACGCCGGGAGGCCGAGUCGGGAAUCGUUGCUCUGACCAUGAUGACAUCCCUAAUCUACCAAAUCCUUGAAAGGUACGCCAGACAGUGCUGCUCGGAUGAGGGUGGUAAAGUCCUUGCCUUUGAGAGCGCUAAAAAAGACGAUGUCGAAUACCUAUGCAGGUUCUUCAGAGAUUUGGUUCGUAAAGUGUCCUUGGAAGUCGAACUUACAUGUUUUAUCGACUUCAUUGGUCGACAUGACACAGAAGAUGGAAUGGACAUUGUCACAGAAAACUUGAUCGGUCUGGUCGAAGACCAAGCAAACCUCGAAAAAGAAAGAAGUCCGAAACGUCAGGCGUUUAAAUUGGUAUUCACGGGCCCAGGACCCAGAGGGGGUCUCCAGAUUCAUAAUCUCCUCUACGAAAAGCGGCACAUUGCUGCCUCCUACUACGUGAAGCUUCGAGUUGUAACUGAUGAGGAUCGGAGCUUCUCAAUGACAUGA